CACAAAAUGUGCCUGGUAGUUUUCAUUGGUGAGUAAGGCGCCGCAGAAAUAACUGGUUCGCACUUCCCAAUGCUUUUUGAAAUCAUUGCAAUAGUACAGGGACCAGGGAUUUGUUCACAAACCAAUCUCACGUGGUUCGUUGCGCGUUCUUAAAUUGGCGGGGCACGACGUGGAGGACUUGCGAAAAAACGUCACAACAGUGAAAUAUGGUGACAGGCGUCCAACAUGACCUGAUGAAGCAGACACAGUACUUUUGGUCAAUGCUGGAUGAACUUGCAGAGACCGAUGAAGAUGCAUACAGGAAGUUCAUGGCCACAAACCUCCAAAGAGGACAGCAAGAAUUGACACCGGCCAAGCCAUGGAUGUGUGUCAAGACCCGUAUCAUGGAAGAAUUGACUGUUCUAGUCACAGACAAUACGAGUUACGUCUGCCACUACCAGAGAUUAUACAAGAAGACGUAUCCACAGCCAAUUCAGCAGACAACGUCAUCACCCACUGUUGCCAUGCCAACCAGGAUGAACCUCUGCAUUUGUGAUUGUGUCCUUGUAGGAGGUUUUCAGCAUUUUCCCGGCACGGUAAAACCACAUUUCUAGCACUUCCAGCCUCUUUAUGGAGUCUUGUUGUAAAGUCCAGGUUUCUGCCACAUACACCAGUGUUGAGAUGAUGUAGCAACAGAUGGGUAGCCUUAAUU